AGGGUCUCGCUCCGUGUGCUGAAGCCACUGACGGACUAGUAUGUAACAUGCCUUGCAGACAUAACACACAUUUCAUGCUACCAGCAGUGCCUGGACUGUUCUGCUUCAGCAAAAGAAGGGCUGCCUCUGAAUAGCUGCUGACGUCACAUAGGUGUCAACUGGCAACCACUGUGACUGAACGAUGUGUCCCCUUCUGUGUCUGCGCCAGCUAUUUAACAGCCUGCUUCACUUUCAAGUGCAAAGUAUUUAAGCGGUGGCACUUUCACAGCCAGCCAGAGAAAGACGCCAGUCAGUGAGAUCUGCAGAGUGAGGGCAAUGGCAGACUUGUAGUGAGGGGAUAACAUUAAUAGACAUUGGAGGAGGUAUGAACAUUGCUUGACAUGACAGCAGUCUUCCUAUCACUAGUAUCUGUCAGAUGGGGUUGUUUAAACAGGGCUGGUCCUUGUUCCAGCAGACACUUUUAUAGUCAGUUACAUAUUUGCUUGCUGAAGACCUUUUUUAGGGUCUGCCAAAUACAUGGAUAAUAAAAGAAAUUCAUGUCUUUGGUUUUUUCCCUAUGGUCAUAAUUUUUUAUUUCUUAUCAUGAGUAUAGGACUGGUGGAGCAGGUCCUGGGUUGCGCAGAGGUAUGUCACUGUGAGCACUUGAUAGUGAACUGCACGGACAAGCAGAUGGAAGAAUUUCCCACAGCUAUCCCAAUGGACACCAGGCAGCUGGUUCUAACUCGCAAUAAUCUCACAUAUCUUCCUUCUGAGGAGCUAAACCUCUUGAUUGACCUGGUGUACUUGGACUGCAGCCGCAAUAUUCUUGGAGACUCUUUGGAGGCUACAUUCAUUGCUUUGCCCUUGGUUUACUUGGACCUGAGCCACAACAACCUAUCCAAAAUAACCACAAGUACUUUUUAUCUUCUCACUAGCCUUGUAGUUCUAAAGCUUUCAGACAACCCCAACCUGCAAGAAAUUGAGAAGGACUCUUUUGCCAACAAUACAGGGCUACGGCACUUGGACCUUAGUCGAACAGCCCUGACUUAUCUGGAUGUGAGUACCGUGAGCUCACUGCCAAGUCUACGAACACUAGGCCUCAGCUUUACCCCUUGGGACUGUUACUGCCCUCUGAAGGAGUUCCUGAAGUGGGUUAUGGAGACCGAGGUUUACUUUAUAGAUGCAGAAAAUAUGACGUGUAGCACUCCCAUCCAUAUACAUGGCCUACUUCUGAAAGACACAGAACCCCACAUCAACCUAAUGUGCAUUCCCAACCUUUAUGAGCGAGACUACCUCUUCCUCGGACUGGUGGGAUUUGUCAUCUUUGGUUCUGGCACUAUUGUAGCGUGGCUCACUGGUGUUUGUGUUGUCAUUUAUGACCGUUUGUGUGGCUCCACUGAUGAUGAAGAUGAAGAUGACGAAGAACCUCCUCCACCCCCAAAACCAAAGAAAAAAGAUGAAUCGGAUGUUUAGAAAAAUGCACACGUGCAGAUGCCAACAGGGUUCAGCCACACUAUUUACUAGCUGCAUAGCUAGUGGAUAAGAGAAUCAGGAGAUGAUAAAUGGACCUGCUUUGCAAUGAUUAGCUGUAGUAGCUAGAGCUGGAAAGCAAACAACUCCAGGACCAUAUGAUUAAACGUCAUACAGAUCACCUAGCCAGGCUGCCUAUAAAAUGAUUAUAAUGUAGUGAAAAGAUAUAAUCUAUAUGAGAGUCCAUAGUAUGCACUGGGUAGACAUAUAUUUCACAUAACUGAUUAUUACAGACAAAUGGCGGGGGCGGGGCCUUGUGGCUAGUACUGUUUGUGGCCUUCCAGCAACAGGUUCCUGGGUUUUUCUGCAUGGAGUUUGAAUGUUCUCCCUGUGUGAAUUUUCUCACACAAUAUAAAUAUAAUACAGCCAAGUUAACUGGCUCCUGAUGAAGUAAGUGUGUUUAUGCUUGUGUAUUACCUUAGAUUGUAAGCUCCUCUGGGGAAGGGACUGGUGUGAAUGAGGAAAAAUCUCUGUGAAGCCCCAAGAGUUAAUUCAAUUUCAGUGUAGCUUCAUUCUAAUACCGUACCUGCUAUCACAAUGCUUUCUGUCCAUUAAAAGACCUGAUUCCAUCCAUA